CCAUUCUCAACAACAAACACCCACACUAAUGCAAGAUUAACUUCUGGCUUCUCUUCAAGGCGCUCAGCGAUUAUCAGCCUAUGGAUCCGAGCUACAAAGCCCGUAAGGAGGCUUUUGUGUCCAAUCUAACCGGUGGAAGCAUCUUCGAGAUUAAUGCGGUGACCUUGGUAGCUCCGGCCGCUAUCUUUCUUUGGUCCGUCCUCCAAUCCCGCCUUUGCUUCUUCUCUCCAUACACUCCCGCGGCGCUGGUCACCGAUUUCCUACUCAAUAUCCUUGCGAUUCUCUUUGCAACCACCGUGUAUUCUGCAGCACCAUGGACUCUAAACGCUCUUCUCCUCGCUCCGGCUCUACUGCUGCUGCUCAAUUCACGACCCCAACCCGCUCAAAAAAAGGCCAAGCCACCGCCGCAUGCUUCGAUAUCGAAGAAAAGUGAAUCCGAGCCCGAUCACUCCCUCCCGAUUCUCCCUUAUCUGACAACCUAUCGGGCAUGUAUGAUGGUCAUCACCUGUGCUGCCAUUCUGGCCGUGGACUUCCGUGUGUUCCCUAGGAGAUUUGCCAAAGUCGAAAAUUGGGGAACCUCGCUCAUGGAUCUGGGAGUUGGGUCGUUUGUGUUCUCUGGAGGGGUGGUCUCGGCUCGCUCAGUUCUCAAGCGUCGUCAAAUUGGAGGCCCGAAGAAGUCUCUGGGUCAGCGACUGGUGGCCUCGACCCGCCACUCCAUUCCUCUGCUCGCCCUGGGUCUGAUCCGACUGUACAGUGUCAAAGGUCUCGACUAUGCUGAGCAUGUGACAGAAUAUGGCGUGCAUUGGAACUUCUUUUUCACCCUAGGCUUCUUGCCUCCCUUCGUUGAGAUCUUUGACACCCUCGCUGCGCUGGUCCCAAUUUACGAGCUCUUGUCCCUUGGGGUUGCGGCUUUGUAUCAGGUGGCUCUGGAAUCCACUGACCUGAAGAGCUAUAUACUGGUCGCUCCCCGGGGACCCGACUUGCUCUCCAAGAAUCGGGAAGGGGUGUUCUCGUUCGUAGGGUAUUUUGCGAUCUUCCUGGCUGGCCGGGCCAUUGGCAUCAGGAUCAUGCCGCGCGGCACAUCCCCGUCCACCACCCCGCAACAGGCCAGGAAACGCGUGCUAGCUACCUUGGGAGGCCAGGCUCUGGUUUGGACCGGGAUAUUCCUGCUCAACUCGACGUAUGCGUUAGGCUACGGCGCAAAUCUUCCGGUGUCGCGGCGCCUUGCCAACAUGCCAUACGUAGUAUGGGUGUCGGCUUUUAACAACGCACAGCUUUUCGUGUUCUGUCUCCUGGAGACAAUCUUCUUCCCAUCCGUCCAUCGGACCUUGGGAAGAGAGGGCGAAGCGGAGCGGGUCUCCUUUGCAACCAGCCCGAUCCUUUCGGCCUUCAACAAGGGUGGACUGGCGGUGUUCUUGGUGGCCAACCUUCUCACCGGCGCGGUGAAUCUUAGCGUUCCUACCUUGGACCUCAAUACCGCUCAAGCCAUGGCCAUUUUGAUUGGGUAUCUCGCAAUCCUGACGGGGGUUGCACUGGGGCUGGACGGGGCUGGUAUCAAAUUGGCACUCUGACGCGCGAGAAAGAAAGUGCAAAUAUUGUAUUAGAUG